AUGUCCCGGUGUCCCGGUCGAUCAUUCAGUUUGUCUCGAUUUAAAACACAUUUUGCAAAAGAAGUUAUUCAAGAAAUUCUUACCAAAUAUUUGAAGGAUAAAGAAUACAAACAAAUUCAAGCUGAAAUACUUAGUAAAACAAUAGGAAGUGAAAUCAAAAAUAGAAUUAAAGAUCAAUAUUUGGACAGUCGUUAUAAGUUUAUGGUACAAGUUGUUUUAGGGGAACGUCAUGGUGCUGGGAUAAAAGUUGGGGCUCGUUGUGUUUGGGAUGCUGAUACAGAUACUCUUGCUUUUGAUCAAUUUUUAAAUGAAACAAUAUUUUGUAUGGCAGUUGUGUUUGCUGUUUAUUUUUAUUAA